UGGUCUAAAGGGCCGCUCCGCUGCGCUCGGAUUUCAGCUGGUCCGGGCGGAGUCCAUGCGGGAUAAAGGACUUAGACGAAUUCAGUCCAGCUGAAGGGUUUCUAACGCGGUUUAGCGAGCACAUUACCCGCUCAACAUGACUACGACGACCACUUUCCAAGGCAUGGAGCCUGGUGCCAAAAACAGCUCCAGGGUGUUGUGUCCCCCUGGCGGAGCCUCUAAUAUUUCCUUCGGCACAGAAGAAGAGAAGCCUGCGCGUAAAAACAAGAUGGCCUCCAGUAUCUUUGCUGAACCUGACGACCCUCACGCCCAUCGGAGGAACAACCCACCAGGUGGAGAAGCGUCUGGCGUCCUGUGCGGUGAACCCUCGGCUCCUCUGAGACGAUGCCAGCCCGCUAUCGUCUAUGAUAACGGCACUCCCCUCGAACGGCCCGGCAACAAUGCGGAUCAAAAUGAACAUGAGCAAGAGAACAACGAGGAGGUCGUGGAGCAGAAAGAGGAAGCUGGACAGCCUUCUGCCCCGUCUGGUGGUGCCAACAACCCCUCCGGCCGGAGGAACCCACCUGGUGGCAAAUCCAGUCUGAUCCUGGGCUGAAACGGCCUUCACUGAACUUUCUUUGCUCUUUUGGUCUUUUUUUCUGUUUUUUUUUUUUUUUUUUUCUUCUUUUUUUAAAAAGGAAUUCCCCUUCCUUCACUCUUCUCGUGAGCCAUGGAAAUUUUUUGUCCUCCACCGUCUUUUCAUUUUUUCUAUUGCAAAAAAAAAAGAAGCGAUCGUUGACAGAAGCACUUUAUGUAAGAGGUCCGUUUCAGCCGCUCCAGCAGGAAUAAUGGCAUGAGAGAUUCAGAUCGACUUUUAAUCUGCCCUGGUGUAAGUCAUUAAAGGAAAAAGGACAAAAAAAAAAAAAGAUUUGUUGCGCAAAAUUUCUAAGUACAAAUAAAGAUUGAUAUGAAUUUCACUG